GUCCGCAUGCUGGAAAACAUUAGUCACCAUCGAUGCCGUUCUGGUGUAGGGAAAAACAAGCGUCCUCGCAAACAUGUGAUCAGCGACCUGUCACUCUACACGCAGGCAGCGCGAGGAAGAGAGGCCUUCGCUAGGAAACGGCCCGCUCAGUGUUCCUCCCGGCACAAAAACACGAUGGGGAAUUUGAGGAAUCUGCUGAAGGGGGGGAAUGUUAUUCCUACUCCGUGUCAGGAAGAGCGCUGGCCUGACCCCGCGCAGGCGGAGGCAGCGCAUUAAGAGGGAAUAUGCACGCAGGAAUGUCCCUCGGCGGUUGGCUCAUUGUUUUGGGUGCAGCCCGUGUGUUUUUUUUAGGGACAUAUUUCUCUUUUGAGACAGAGCAUCUGAAUGACAGCAGCUCACAUAAUGACUGCUUACGUCUCUGCUGAAUAACACGGCCGAGCGCCACAUCAACACGCGGCACACUCAGAAUAGCACUUUACAGAGGUUCCACCGCACAAACAGAGCGUUUACAGGACGUAGCGCGGCUCCGUCCUGAGACACCGACUCCACCUGUGGUCAGAGGAGGAGACUCAGUUCUUGUACUUUUUAGUACCAAAACAGCCACAUUAUAAAUAGUCUCUGCUUCCUGGAGUAAAAAUGAAGAAAUAUUACCAAUUCUUUGUACUCAAAUUAGAUUUCUGCAGUAAUUCACUUUGCUAUUUGUCUUUUACUUCUUCUCUACGUUUGCAGAUUAAGAUUAGUACUACAAAAUGGAUCAAAGCCAAAUUGUAAUAUUUCAAUACUUUUCAUAUUUAACGUCUACUUUUACUUUUGGUACUUUUAAGUAAAUCUCUAUACUAAUACUUAAACGCAAUUCGCAAUACAAUUAGUAUUUCUAAUUUUAAAAGUACUUCCUCCACCACAAAUCGUAGAGGAGUAGAAGCACAAAGAAGCAGAGUGUACUUAAUUAAAGUACAGGAGUAAAUGUACUAAAUAAACACUUGAUAAACUCCAACAAAAACUGCAGUAACGAGGUUUUUUGUUCUCCGCUUGCCGCUGAAAUUAAAACACAAAGAGCUCCGUUUAUCCAGAGGCCGCCCUGUGCCCACAGCAGCCGGCCUGCUAUUUCCUGUCCCACCCUCCCAGCUCCACAGAGAACAGACCUCCUUGUGGGACGUCUGCGGCCAGCAGAGGAGAGACCCCACCCCCCCCCCCCCCUCUGGGCAGGCGGGGGGCUCAACUCUGCACAGAAGCUGAAUAACUCGCUGCCGAAGGGGGAUUUCUAGAGAAGUUUGAGCACUUUGGGCGCUAAUAUUUGCAUAUUGGCAGAUGCCAGCUUGAUACGCGUUAGUUUCCCUGAUCCAACAGGAUGGAGGAAACGCCUCCUCCUGAACACGGGAGGACCGUUAGUGGCGGGUCCUCCUCCUCUGGAGGAUGACAGGGAGUGGAUCAGCUCCUCCGUCACAAUCACGCAGUGACCAACGGGCUCGUGCUGCUCCUCCGUCCAAGUGAUGGGAUCGUACCCAAGCAAGGCUGACGGAGAAGCUCCACAUGUGGAUCUAAAGUGUUUGUUUUUCCAGUGGAACGUGAGGAUCUGUCGCUGCUGCUGAAGUUCAGUGUAUAACGGAGAGAGAUGGUCGAUAUUUGAACCCGCUCUGCACCAGGAUGGAGCCUAUUAAGAGAGACAUGGAGCUGCUUAGCAACAGCAUGGCGACCUACGCUCACAUCAAAGCCAACCCAGAGACCUUCGCCCUCUACUUCAUGAUGGGCGUCUGUCUCGGCCUGCUCAUGGCGCUGUGCCUCCUGGUGGCCGGCAUCGCCUGCAGGACUCACCGCCGCGGCAGAGCCCCCCCGCACCCCGAGAGGAGACAGCUGAGGGCGUCCGGCAGGGGAGACGACGAGGCCGAGGGGGAGGAGGGCACGCCGGAGGACGAUGGGGAGGAGACGGAGAUCCCUAAAGUGACAACGGAGCCCACGGGCGAUCGCAGCAGCCAGUCCAACGGGACUCUGAGGAGCGUGAACGUGUUCACGUCGGCCGAGGAGCUGGAGAAGGCGCGGCGGUUGGAGGAGAGGGAGCGAAUCGUCAGGGAGAUCUGGAGGAACGGACAGCCGGACAUUCUGGUCACGGGAACGGGGACUAUUGGACGAGUGCAUUACCACUAACGGACGCUUGGAUUGUGUCGUGAAGAUACACCUCACCGACUAAUAUUAAAGCAAAGGAUUGAGCGAAAACUAUCGGGGUGGUGAGGAGGGUCAUUUAUGUUUGACCGUGUUAAUUUAGUCCAGCUAGUUUGUUCAUUUGCCCCCAGUUUAAACCUCAGAUUCUUAACUGAACUUCUAAUGUGCACCCCAAUGUAGAAAAACAAGAAAACACUGAUACAGGCUCAUAACUGUGUUGCUCUGCAUAUGGCAGGAUGAAGAAACAUUGAAAAGAAACACAACUUUCUAAAAAAUAAUUCAAUAUGAAACACCAUCCCUGGUGGUUUGGACAUCUGGUGAGGAUGCCCCCCUGGGCGCCUCCCUAGGGACGGCGAGCUGGGAAGAGGCCCUCGGGGAAGACCCAGGACACGGUGGAGAGAUUCCAUCUCCUCACUGGCCUGCGAGCGCCUUGGAUCCCCCAGUCACAGCUGGUGGAGGCCUGGGAAAGGGAAGUUUAGGGUCGGAUAAGUGGUUCAAGAUGAGAGACUUCCUCCCUGUUAUUAUUCCUUAAUCAUUUUUGGAAUUUGCAAUGCAAUUUUCAAAUAAAUAACAUAUCAUGAAAUAAGUAAUCAUACACGAUACAAUUAAAACAUGCAAUAUAUUCACAAUACUUACAAAUCCAUUUCAUUUUUUCAAACAAGCUUUAAGUUAAAUGUUUAAUGUUAAUUAAGAAACGUGUUGAAUUAGUUUAGUUUAUAGUAUACAUUUUUUCUGCAUUUGUUGUAUUACAGUUCUUAAUUUCACUCAUGAAUUCAAUAUUCAACAUACCGGUACUUUGUUUCCAGUAUUUCUAUCAUAUGAAAUUGGCUUAUCUGCAUUUAACCGUUUCUCUGUAUAAAAAAUAAAAAGCUGUUCCUUUUUUCCAACCAAAGAA